AUGCUUUCAACACCUAUGAAACAUCUUGACAAAUAUCCGGUUUCUUGCACACCAACAUCGAGUAUAAAGGGGCAGAAAUCACCACUUACUCCACGCCAAACAGCAGCAGUUCUUUCUCAUUUGCACUCAGCAAAACGUGUUUAUUCGCCCAAGUCGUCAAUAUACCGCCAGACACCGCUUCGGCUUGAUAUUGUUGCUUCUGACUGGACACUAGUUGGCACUGGGCCUCUACAGAGCCCUCAGAAAAAUCCUAAGAGGCCAGCAUCUCGUGCACAGUGUGAUCGGUUCAUCCCACAACGUACUCAUCCAGCAUCCACAGCUACAUCUAAAAUAGCUUAUCCAGCCGUUGAUCAGGCUGCAACACAUGAUACAACAACAAAUCCUUCAGAGACAAUGGCGUAUACAGCAUCUGUUGCUGAAGCAUGUGGUCUUGCUCUCAAUACACGUAUUCUUGCCUUUAAACCAACAGCACCUGAGUCCAGUCGACCAGUUGAUCUCCGGUCUCAGUAUAAUCGGCCACUGAAGCCAGCAGCGUUAAAUUCACAGUGCCGCCGACGUAUUGCUACUGCACCUGAACGUGUACUUGAUGCACCCGGUUUAAUUGAUGAUUAUUAUCUUAAUUUGCUUGAUUGGAGCCAUCUUAAUAAGGUUGCUAUUGGUCUUGAGCGCAAUGUCUAUAUCUGGGAUGCUGAUAAUGGUGAUGUUUCCUGUAUGAUGGAAGCUAAACAGAAUACGUAUAUCUCUGGAAUUAAAUGGUCAGUAGAUGGUUGUUAUCUAUCGGUUGGCCUAGGUAACGGUGAUGUGCAAAUUUGGGACGUUGAAACAGGAGCCAAGUUAAGGACUAUGUCUGGGCAUGAAGCACGAGUAGGUGUUCUUGCUUGGGAUAAACAUCUCCUUAGCAGUGGUUGUCGAGAUGGUAGUAUCUGGAACCAUGAUGUACGAGUUGCACAACAUAAAAUUAGUGAAUGGCAUGGCCAUGGAUCUGAAGUAUGCGGUUUAGAGUGGAGAGCCGAUGGAUCGCAGUUAGCAAGUGGGGGCAAUGAUAAUCUUGUAAAUAUAUGGGAUGCAAGAUCAUCUGUCCCAAAAUUUACUAAAACAAAUCAUUUAGCAGCUGUAAAAGCUCUCUCAUGGUGUCCAUGGCAGCUUAAUCUUUUAUGCACUGGAGGAGGAUCACAAGAUCGAGCUCUUCAUUUUUGGAAUGCAACAACAGGCGCUCGAACGCACUCAGUUGAUACAGGAUCACAAGUUACGUCUGUUCGGUGGUCACAAGUAUACCGUGAACUUAUUUCGUCACAUGGGUUUCCCAAUAAUCAUUUGUCUAUAUGGCAAUAUCCAUCGCUUGUCAAAUCAAUUGACAUCCCAGCACACGAAAGCCGUGUGUUGCAUAGUUGCCUUAGCCCAGAUGGACAAGUUCUUGCAACAGCAGCAAGUGACGAGAAUCUCAAAUUCUGGCGUGUAUUCGAAAGUACUAAGAAGGCGUCAUGUUAUGUAGCUAGCAUUUCCGGAAGUAAGAAUGGCUUGCAAGAAAUGACAAAAACAAUGACAAUAAGAUGA